CAACGCAUCCGCACGUGACAUUGCCACCGGCCGUCUCAUUUUCACAUAGCACAAGACGUUUCGAACUCUUCAAAUCCAAAAAAGAAACCGUCGCACGCUGUCAACUUCUUCUCUGCUAAUUCUCUCAAAGUAUGGCGGAUUGGGGACCUGUAGUGGUCGCUGUGAUACUAUUUGUGCUUCUGACUCCGGGACUUCUCUUUCAGAUUCCGGCGAGAGGUCGAGUCGUCGAAUUUGGGAAUAUGCACGCAAGCGGAGCAUCGAUUCUUGUACACACCAUCAUUUACUUCGGUCUCAACACCAUCUUCACCAUCGCUAUUCGUUUCCACAUAUACACCGGUUUCUCUCAAAGUAUGGCGGAUUGGGGACCUGUAGUGGUCGCUGUGAUACUAUUUGUGCUUCUGACUCCGGGACUUCUCUUUCAGAUUCCGGCGAGAGGUCGAGUCGUCGAAUUUGGGAAUAUGCACGCAAGCGGAGCAUCGAUUCUUGUACACACCAUCAUUUACUUCGGUCUCAACACCAUCUUCACCAUCGCUAUUCGUUUCCACAUAUACACCGGUUAAUGCUACCCUAACGAAUUUGUAAUUUUUUCCGGUUGUCUGGUCUUCGUACCGGUUUGUUUUAAAAUGUAAUAUUCGUCCUCUGGUUUUGUUUAUAAUUUGCGGUGUCUGGUGUAAACGCACAUCUUUGGAAUAUAUGAAUCUGAAUAUGCAUUAAGUUUAAAUA